AUGACUGAAGGUUGUUUCAAGUGUGGUUUUAAGGACCACUUGAUUAGAGAUUGUCCAGAACAUCGGGAGGGUUCGCAAGCUCAGACUACAACCCCUAUUCAAGUGCGAGCUGGUGCCCGUGGUCGAGGAAGAGGUAGAGGUGGAGAAACAAGGCAAGUUAGGCAACGAACAUUAGCUCACACUGUUGGGACUCAAGAUAAGACAGGAGCCCUCGCACGAGUCUAUUCUGUGAGGAAACCCCAUGAGCAAGGUGCCACUGAUGUUAUUACAAAGCAUAAGGCCAAUAUCGAAUUUGAGCUGAAGAAAGUUACCUUGCAAAGUAGUGAAGGCAAGAAAGUUGUUGUGGUUGGUGAUGGAGCACAGUUUAUGUCUAAUGUAGUCUCGACGAUAAAGUUAGAAAAGAUGUUUAGGAAAGGCUAUGAAGCCUAUCUCGCUUUUGUGAUGGGUUCACAGGAUAUGGAGAAAAGGAAGAAGGAUAGUAACAUGAGGAUGUGCAUCGACUACAAGCAGUUGAAUAAAUUGACUGUAAAAAACAGUUACUACCAACUCAAGGUGAAGGAGUCUAAUAUGUUGAAGACAGCAUUCAGAACAAGGUAUGGGCACUAUGAGUUUCUAGUGAUGCCCUUUGGGUUAGAAAAUGCACCUGCUGCAUUUAUGGACCCAAUGAACUGA